UAAAAAGAAUUCAAAGAAAAAUGCUGACCCUGCAUCAGAUGACCACCUCCAGCAGAUUCCUCAUCGCUUGCGUGAAAUCAUGAAGAGUAAAGAGAAGAUGAAACAGGGCUCCCAAAAGAGGAAAAAAGCCUCUAAGCCAAAGAUGCUCUCAGGAGAUAUUCCUAUCCCACACUUCCGCAGAGGGCGAAAGGAGUCCGAGAAGAAUUAUGUCCGCCGCAUGACCGAAGAGACUGAGCAUGUCCUCUUCCUCACGAACAACCAGGUACAGAGACAUCCGGAGGUCAAGCUAAAGAAAGAAGAGGACACAGAGGAGAAGAAAUCCACUAAAAAGAAAUG